UACUUCUCUUUUCUUGAAAUAAAAGAUUGAUUUUAGUGAUGCAAGUUAUAUAUGUUUCACUAUUGAUUUAAUUUCUGUUUAGUUUUUUUUUUUCUUGAUAAUAUUAUCAAUCCAAAAGAGGAUUCGUUUUGCACUACUGAUGAGGAAUAAUACCAAAACAAAUAUCUUAAAGAUACUAUAACAGUGAAGAUCAAAGACCUUGCAAGAAAAAAAAAAAAAAGAAAAAAAGACUGUUCCGCAAAAAUGGCGUUAACAUUAUGUGGGAGAGCUCGUCGAUUAGUCUCUGCAACUUCAAUUCAUAGCAAUGGUUGUCUUCUUCACAGACUGCAGCAAACGGGAUCGGAUCGGUUUCAUCUUGGUGAAGCAAAAUCAAUUAGAUUAUUACCCAGGAGGACGAACAUGGUUCAGGAAUUGGGAAGUAGAGAAGAAUUUAUGCAAGGGAACAGAGAAAUUGAGACAAGUUAUGAUUUUUUGGGUGAGAUGAGACAGAGAUUUCUGAGAUUCAAGAGACAAAAGUAUCUACCACAGAUAGAAAAGUUUCAAGCUUUGGCCAUAGCUCAAUCACCAAAGGUUAUGGUGAUAGGAUGUGCAGAUUCAAGGGUAUGUCCAUCUUAUGUACUAGGAUUUCAACCAGGUGAAGCUUUUACUAUCCGAAAUGUCGCCAAUCUCGUUACCCCAAUUCAGAAUGGACCAACAGAAACCAACUCAGCUCUUGAAUUUGCAGUCACUACUCUUCAGGUUGAAGAUAUCAUAGUAAUGGGUCAUAGCAAUUGCGGAGGAAUCGCAGCCCUUAUGAGCCAUCAAAACCUCCAAGAAAAUCAAUAUAGUUUAGUAGAGAGAUGGGUCAUGAAUGGGAAAGCCGCUAAGUUAAGAACUCAAGCAGCUUCAUCACACUUAAGCUUUGAUGAACAAUGCAGAAACUGUGAGAAGGAAUCAAUAAAGGAUUCUGUGAUGAAUUUGGUAACGUAUCCAUGGAUAAGAGAUAGAGUGAAGAGAGGUGAAGUCAAGAUUCAUGGAUGUUAUUAUAAUUUGUCAGAUUGUAGUAUUGAGAAGUGGAGACUCGGUUCAGACAAGAAUAACAAUGGAUUCUAUGUUUCAGACAGAGAGAUAUGGAGUUGAGUAAAUAUAGUACAACCUCAGUUCUAAUUUUCAGAUGUAUAUGUUGUACAUAUGAUUUAGUUGGAAGAAUCAUAUUGUAAAUAAGGCCAUAUAUUAAUAAAAAUUUAAGUCUUUUUAUAAAAAAAUUAAUGAUAUUAUUUCGAUUGAAAA